CUCAGCUCUGGACUUCUCCGUGCCUGUGGCAGCCGGGUGUGAGCUCCCUCUCCUUCUGCCUGAUUCCUAUUCUUUACUCUUCAGGCAAAAAGGUUGCUCAAGGAGACUCCAGGGCUGGGGUCUGCCUCACCACUGUCACCAGGAGUCUUUUUUCUGACUGACUUGCCAGAGCUCCCCGUCAGUCCUCGGGUGCCUCUGGAAGCAAAGGGAAGCAGCUGUGGGAUCCUGGCUGAACGGAGCCCAGCAACUGGCUCCCGGCUCCUGCACCAUGAAAAUCCUGCUUUGUGACCUCCUGCUGCUCAGCCUCUUCUCCAGCGUGUCCAGCAGCUGCCAGAAGGACUGCCUGGCCUGCAGAGAGAAGCUCCACCCAGCUCUCGACAGCUUCAGCCUUGGGGUGUGCAUCCUUGAGUGUGAAGGGAAGGUCUUGGCCAGCCCUCUCUGGACUCCAUGCACCAAGGUCAUGGGCAGGGGCUCCAGGCAACUCAGCUCUGCUGAGUCAGAGCAUGUGGUGGCUGCUCUUUACCAGCCAAGAGCCUCCGAGAUGCAUCUGAAGAGAAUGCCUCGCAUCAGGAGCCUGUUCCAAGUGCAGAAAGGGACAGAGCCUGGCAUGGAUGAGGCUGGAGAGAUGGAGCAGAAGCAGCUGCAGAAGAGGUUCGGGGGAUUCACUGGGGCCCGGAAGUCUGCCCGGAAGUUGGCCAACCAGAAGCGGUUCAGUGAGUUCAUGAGGCAGUACCUGGUCCUGAGUAUGCAGUCCAGCCAGCGCCGGCGCACCCUGCACCAGAAUGGUGUCCGGGUGAUCCCCAAAACAGCAUGUCUCCAGCCCCAGACCUGCCAGCCGGGUACCAGGAUUCCCUCUUCCCCAAGGCACUGAGGCAGGCUUUGCCUCCAGGUCUCCACCCGCAGGGCGCAGAAGCUCCUGUCUGGUUGUCUUCCCCCCGCCCCCCGCCCAUGGCAUGUUUCACGACACCCCUGUUGCUACAUCAGAGUGUAUUUUUGUAAUUCCCCCAGCUAACAUUUAAACAGCCCCAUCAUUCCUUCUCACCUGCCUCUUCCCCCUUCUAGGGGUGGGUUAAAGGAACAGGAAACCAAGCCUGGGGUUUUGACUCGUCACUGCCAUAACUUGUUUGUAAAAGAGCUGUUCUUUUUGACUGAUUGUUUUAAACAGAUAUUUCUCCAUUAAACUUCUACUGAGCAAAUGGUUAAUAAAUUGGUUGGCUGUUUUCAGUGAAGUGAGGAGCACAGACUCCAAACACACCAUCAGAGCUGCCUCUCGGGAGGCACAGGCAAAAAGCACAUGGAUCUUCUUUAUAUAAAAUAAGACAGGGCAACACCCCACCUGCGCUGUGUCCCCAGAUCCAAGUCGGGGGGGAGUUGAUGUCCACAGCUGUGCGAAUGGACGGGUGGCCUAGAGGGCACAGGGUCUGUAGAACCUCCCUGUGCACAUCACCAUCACAGGCCAGUGAGUUGCUGGGCCCCACUCCUGGUUUCUGACUCAGUACAAAUCUACAUUUUUAACAAGUUCCAGGUGAUGCUGAUCCUGCUGGCUUGGGAACACCGGAAUGGGUUCCAAUUAACAUGAAACAUGUUAAGACGUGUAACUACCAGAGUUCAGCCAAGAAGCAUCUGGCACACCCAAAUGGCGUAAUUGAGGAGAGUCAAUCAUCUACAAAAUAGACAGGGAUACAGGCAAUCAGUAAGGGAUGGUGAGGCCUCUGCGGAGGAGUGGGGGAGCUCUAGUAAGGGGGGGUUACUGGAACCCCAUGAGAACUGCAGCUCCCUGUAGCUCUCAGUAGGGAAAUAGCCACUCACACUGUGCAGGGCAGAAGGGCCAGUUGACACAAUACCCCGACUUCUCUCUCCUCCGGCCCUUCAAACUCCAGCCAGGUGUCUCCUGUUGGUCAAACCCAACCAGAAGCAGGAAAAUUUGGGUUUCCUCAGAUGAAGCCUGGGAGGGCCCAGGGCUGCCAACGGAGAAUGGCCAGCUCAAAGGCAAUGACCUGAUCUGAAGGGGGCUCGGGCAAACUGCAGUAGAGCAGUGGAUUCAUUUGGGACUUUCUUAGAGAGAUGGGGUGAGGAAGGACAAAGGAAGUGGGAGAAAGAAGCCCUCUGUUCUACCCCAAGGUAAGGAACAAGGCCAAAGACAAUCUCCCACACCCGCUUUACAGGCUGCUGAGCUUGACCGACUUCUGCUGUGAUCAAGUUCCCGGGUCUUCUCAAAGUGGCAUCACCUUCACUAUCGGGCACUGUUGGGGGGGUCCCUAGAAGCCGUGCCCAGAGACGCACCAUGGUCCUAGAAGCUGAAAUUGCAUAAAGCAGUCCCAGUGCUGCAAGGGUUGCUUUCUGCUUCCAACACCCUGCCCACCUAGGCCAGCUUUUAAAUUAGCCAUUUGGGCCAGCACAGUACACAGAAUCAAGGAAUUCAGGAGUGGCCCGAGCUGCUCCCUAGGGUCAGAAUGCAUUCCAUAAGUAAAGUGUGAUGUAUUUUCUCCUAAGUCACUUGCCCACUCCCCAGCAAACUCAGGAAUAUGGCCAAGAACAUGCUCCCGAUUGUCAGUACAAGCAGUAUAGAAAAUAGUUACUGCCUGGACUACAAUCCUAGUGCCAUUAUUGCCCAGUUUAUGACCUUGGGCAAGUUACUUAACCUCUGUGCCUCACUCUCUCCUCUGUCAAUGGGAGUAAUAGCACUCCUUCAUAUGGUCAUUUAGGUCAUCCGUGUAAGCGCUUGGCCUGGUCCCUGGUGAUGUCACCUAGUGUUUCCCAGUGUCACAUGCUAUCAUUUGUUUAACACUAAGGACAAUGAUAAUCUUAUCCUUUGCAAGGGGAGGGGCAGAGGGACAGGCACACAUUAAAUCAGACAAUGUACCAUUUUAUUCCUUAUAAAAUAUAUUUCAUAUUGUUGCUGUAAAAACAUUACAUUUCACAUUUUUAAAAAAAUUUUUUUAACAGUAAAAAUAAUACUUGGAAGACAGCUGGGGAAAAGGCGCCAAUUAUUAAGACAAAUUCACAGAUGGGAUUUAUCUCCCUCUUCUCUAGUUUUUUUUUGUUUUUCUUUUUCCUUGCCCCUAGUAAAGUCAGAACCCGAGAGGACCAGAAAGUAACAGGACAGAUUUCUUCAAGAGCUUCCACAUCCAAAUCAAUAAUGUCCUCCAAGGAGUCAAG